CCGAAAAGUAGGCCAUCCAUAAAAGAGGGCGCACUGGGCGCUUGGUUGACUGGUUCUGCAUUUUCGCUUCAACUGUCGAAAGACUUUCGAUACAUUUUCAACUACGAGUCCAAGUUAAGCUCAAGAGCGUAACUAGGGCUUGGAAAAAUUAGUUUAGAAAAUGAUCACUCGCAGUCUUAGGAAAAAGCUAUCGCCAGUUAAAAGGGUAGCUAGAGCGAAAGCUUCGGCGCCCAAAUCUCCACCAAACUCUGUUCUACCCAAGCAGCCGUCGCCGCGCAGCAAGAAACGCGCCAAACGAAGUGUCAAAAUUCGCGGUGGGACAAGGAUUUCCCCUUCAUCGGUUAACAGUAGGAAAGCAGCUUUGAACAGAAAUAACAAAUCUUUUUCCUCAGAAAUGGUACAAUCUACAAGAGUCUUGAUCGAGUCCAAAAGCUUGGAGAGAACAUCCAAGAGUCAUUCUAAAACUGCAGCAAAGAUGGAGCCUGUGAGUGUUGUAGUCAGUACGGAUCAAGAUGAAAAAGAGAAUAGUCCUGAAAUAUCUGUCUGCCAGAAUGGUGGUGCAGUUGGUACAACUACAGACUUGUACUGUACGCAGGAUCUUGUCUAUACUGCAAGCAACGAAAAUGAAACAGAAGAUAAUUUUCUCCUUUGUGAAGAAGUAAUGUCUACCAAAGAAGUAUUCAUCACUCAAGCCCAUGAAGCACCUGUUACUGAUGAAGCAACAUACAUCAGGCGAGAAGAAAUUGAAAUUGAGCCAUUCGAUCCCUUCUACUUCAUCAAGCAUCUUCCUCCUUUGACUCCUCAAAUGCAAAGACAGUGCCCAGCUCUUCCGCUGAAAACAAGAAGCAGCCCCACAUUUUCACUGGUUUUAGAUCUUGAUGAAACACUUGUGCACUGCAGCUUAGAGGAAUUGGAAGAUGCUGCUUUCAGUUUUCCUGUCUUCUUUCAGGAUACGACAUACCAGGUGUUUGUACGAACCCGACCACAUUUUCGGGAAUUUCUCGAGCGAGUGUCACAAAUUUUCGAAGUCAUUUUGUUUACCGCGUCCAAAAAAGUUUAUGCUGACAAGUUAUUAAAUUUGUUGGAUCCACAGCGUCGUUGGAUCAAGUAUCGGUUGUUUCGAGAACAUUGCGUUUGUGUUAACGGUAAUUAUAUUAAAGAUUUGACUAUUCUUGGACGCGACUUAUCGCGCACAAUUAUCAUCGAUAACUCACCCCAAGCAUUUGGAUACCAACUUGAAAAUGGUAUUCCGAUCGAAAGCUGGUUUGUAGACCAGACAGAUCAGGAACUUUUGAAAUUGAUUCCGUUUCUUGUAAACCUGGUCAAUAUGAAUCAAGAUGUUCGGCCGUAUAUACGUGAAAAGUACAGACUAUUCUCUUAUUUGCCUCCUGAUUAACUAAAGACAGACGAUUUAGCGAAUACUCAAUGUGUGCAAUUGACAUCCUCAAUUAUUUUUUAAACGGACCGUUUGUCUACAGACUCUGACCUUCUAUUUCUUGAAAACAUGAGCAUUUAUUCUCUGGCAGAGCAACUUUUUGUUGCGUUUUAAAUGGUUUUCGGCCAUUGUUUUAGCCGAAUGUUUUAUGUGUAAACUAUAUACACACUAGAGACCAAAUUUAGCAGGUGUACCUGGCUGUUCAUUGCCUGACUUGAACCCCGGUUAUUUUUUUUCUCCUCUUUUGCUGCCUCGUUCAUCUCCCCAGUUUGUUGUGUAUGUUGACUCAAUCGAGAAGUGAAUGGUAAAACAAUUAAUAGACAGAAAUAACAGUGGUCAAUCAU